AUGCUUUUGUCCGGUCGUAUUCUCUCUCCUUCCAUCACCCCACCCCAUUCUCCCGCUUUCCAUCACCCCGCCCCAUUCUCCCGCUUUCCAUCACCCCGCCCCGUUCUCGUGCUUUCCAUUACCCCGCCCCAUUCUCUCGCUUUCCAUCACCCCGCCCCAUUCUCCCGCUUUUCAUCACCCCGCCCCAUUCUCCCUCCAUCCACCACCCCGCCCCAUUCUCCCGCUUUCCAUCACUCUGCCCCAUUCUCCCGCUUUCCAUCACCCCGCCCCAUUCUCCCUCUUUCCAUCACCCCGCCCCAUUCUCCCGCUUUCCAUAACCCUGCUCCAUUCUCCCGCUUUCCAUCACCCGCCCCAUUCUCCUGCUUUCCAUCACCCCGCCCUAUUCUCUCGCUUUCCAUCACCCCGCCCCAUUCUCCCACUUUCCAUCACCCCGCCCCAUUCUCCCGCUUUCCAUCACCCCGCCUUAUUCUCCCUCCUUCCAUCACUCCGCCCCAUUCUCCUUGCUUCCAUCACCCCGCCCCAUUCUCCCUCCUUCCAUCACCCCGCCCCAUUCUCCCUCCCAUCACCCCAUCUCAAUCUCCCGCUUUCCAUCACCCCGCCCCAUUCUCCCGCUUUCCAUCACCCCGCCCCAUUCUCCCGCUUUCAAUCACCCCGCCCCAUUCUCCCGCUUUCCAUCACCCCGCCCCUUUCUCCCGCUUUCCAUCACCCCGCCCCAUUCUCCCGCUUUCCAUCACCCCGCCGCAUUCUCCCGCAUUCCAUCACCCCACCCCAUUCUUCCGCUUUCCCACACUCCGCCCCAUUCUCCCGCUUUCCAUCACCCCGCCCCAUUCUCCUGCUUUCCAAAACCCCGCCCCAUUCUCCCGCUUUCCAUCACCCUGCCCCAUUCUCCCGCUUUCCAUCACCCCGCCCCAUUCUCCCGCUUUCCAUCACCCUGCCCCAUUCUCCCGCUUUCCAUCACCCCGCCCCAUUCUCCCGCCUUCCAUCACCCCGCCCCAUUCUCCUGCCUUCCAUCACCCCACCCCAUUCUUUCGCAUUCCACCAUCCCGCCCCAUUCUCACGUCUUCCAUCACCACGCCCCAUUCUCCCGCCUUCCACCACCCCGUCCCGUUCUCCCGCUUUCCAUCACCCCGCCCCAUUCUCCCGCUUUCCAUCACCUGCCCCAUUCUCCCGCUUUCCAUCACCCCGCUCCAUUCUCCCGCUUUCCAUCACCUGCCCCAUUCUCCCGCGUUCCAUCACCCCGCCCCAUUCUCCCGCUUUCCAUCACCCCGACCCAUUCUCCCUCCUUCCAUCACCCCGCCCCAUUCUCCUUCCUUCCAGCACCCCGCCCCAUUCUCCCUCCUUCCAUCACCCCGCCCCAUUCUCCCACUUUCCAUCACCCCGCCCCGUUCUCCCGCUUUCCAUUACCCCGCCCCAUUCUCCCGCUUUCCAUCACCCCGCCCCAUUCUCCCGCUUUCUAUCACCCCGCCCCAUUCUCCUGCCUUCCAUCACCCCGCCCCAUUCUCUCGCUGUCCAUCAUCCCGCCCCAUUCUCUCGCCUUCCAUCACCACGCCCCAUUCUCCCUCCUUCCACCACCCCGCCCCAUUCUCCCGCUUUCCAUCACCCGUCCCCAUUCUCCCGCUUUCCAUCACCCCGCCCCAUUCUCCCGCUUUCGAUCACCCCGCCCCAUUCUCCCGCUUUCCAUCACCCCGCCCCAUUCUUCCGCUUUCCAUCACCCCGCCCCAUUCUUCCGCUUUCCAUCACCCCGCCCCAUUCUCUCGCUUUCCACCAUCCCGCCGCAUUCUCCUGCCUUCCAUCACCCCACCCCAUUCUCCCGCCUUCCACCACCCCACCCCAUUCUCCCGCUUUCCAUCACCCUGCCCCAUUCUCCCUCCUUCCAUUACCCCUCCCCAUUCUCCAGCUUUCCAUCACCCCGACCCUUUCUCCCUCCUUCCAUCACCCCGCCCCAUUCUCCUUCCUUCUAUCACCCCGCCCCAUUCUCCCUCCUUCCAUCACCCAGCCCCAUUCUCCCGCUUUCCAUCACACCGCCCCAUUCUCCCGCUUUCCAUCACCCUGCCCCAUUCUCCCGCUUUCCAUCACCCCGCCCCAUUCUCCCGCCUUCCACCAACCCGCCCCAUUCUCCCGCUUUCCAUCACCUCGCCCCAUUCUCUCGCUUUCCAUCAUCCCGCCCCAUUCUCCGGCCUUCCAUCACCACGCCCCAUUCUCCAGCCUUCCACCACCCAGCCCCAUUCUCCCGCUUUCCAUCACCCCGCCCCAUUCUCCCGCUUUCCAUCACCCCGCCCCAUUCUCCUGCUUUCCAUCACCCCGACCCAUUCUCCCUCCUUCCAUCACCCCGCCCCAUUCUCCUUCCUUCCAUCACCCCGCCCCAUUCUCCCGCUUUCCAUCACCCCGCCCCAUUCUCCUGCUUUCCAUCACCCCGACCCAUUCUCCCUCCUUCCAUCACCCCGCCCCAUUCCCCCGCUUUCCAUCACCCCGCCCUGUUCUCCCGCUUUCCAUCACCCCGCCCUAUUCUCCCGCUUUCCAUCACCCCGCCCCAUUCUCCCGCUUUCCAUCACCCCGCCCCAUUCUCCUGCUUUCCAUCACCCCGCCCCGUUCUCGCGCUUUCCAUCACCCCGCCCCAUUCUCCCGCCUUCCAUCACCCCGCUCCAUUCUCUCGCUGUACAUCAUCCCGCCCCAUUCUUCCGCCUUCCAUCACCACGCCCCAUUCUCCCGCCUUCCACCACCCAGCCCCAUUCUCCCGCUUUCCAUCACCCCGCCCCAUUCUCCCGCUUUCCAUCACCCCGCCCCAUUCUCCCGCUUUCCAUCAUCCCGCCCCAUACUCCCGCUUUCCAUCACCCCGCCCCAUUCUCCCACUUUCCAUCACCCCCCCCCAUUCUCCCGCCUUCCAUCACCACGCCCCAUUCUCCGGCCUUCCACCACCCCGCCCCAUUCUCCCGCUUUCCAUCACCCUGCCCCAUUCUCCCGCUUUCCAUCACCCCGCCUCAUUCUCUCGCUUUCCAUCACCCCGACCCAUUUUCCCUCCUUCCAUCACCCCGCCCCAUUCUCCUUCCUUCCAUCACCCCGCCCCAUUCUCCCUACUUCCAUCACCCCGCCCCAUUCCCCCGCUUUCCAUCACCCUGCCCUCCCCAUUCUCCCGCUUUCCAUCACCCCGCCCCAUUCUCCCGCUUUCCAUCACCCCGACCCAUUCUCCCUCCUUCCAUCACCCCGCCCCAUUCUCCUUCCUUCCAUCACCCCGCCCCAUUCUCCCUACUUCCAUCACCCCGCCCCAUUCCCCCGCUUUCCAUCACCCCGCCCUGUUCUCCUGCUUUCCAUCACCCCGCCCCAUUCUCCCGCUUUCCAUCACCCCGCCCCAUUCUCCUUGCUUCCAUCACCCCGCCCCAUUCUCCUGCUUUCCAUCACCCCGCCCCAUUCUCGCGCUUUCCAACACCCCGCCCCAUUCUCCCGCUUUCCAUCACCCCGCCCCAUUCUCCCGCUUUCCAUCACCCCGCCCCAUUCUCCCGCCUUCCAUCACCCCGCUCCAUUCUCUCGCUGUACAUCAUCCCGCCCCAUUCUUCCGCCUUCCAUCACGACGCCCCAUUCUCCCGCCUUCCACCACCCGGCCCCAUUCUCCCGCUUUCCAUCACCCCGCCCCAUUCUCCCGCUUUCCAUCACCCCCCCCCAUUCUCCCGCUUUCCAUCACCCCGCCCCAUUCUCCUGCUUUCCAUCACCCCGCCCCAUUCUCUCGCUUUCCAUCAUCCCGCCCCAUUCUCCUACCUUCCAUCACCACGCCCCAUUCUCCGGACUUCCACCACCCCGCCCCAUUCUCCCGCUUUCCAUCACCCCGCCCCAUUCUCCCGCUUUCCAUCACCCUGCCCCAUUCUCCCGCUUUCCAUCACCCCGACCCAUUCUCCCUCCUUCCAUCACCCCGCCCCAUUCUCCUUCCUUCCAUCACCCCGCCCCAUUCUUCCUACUUCCAUCACCCCGCCCCAUUCCCCCGCUUUCCAUCACCCCGCCCCAUUCUCCCGCUUUCCAUCACCCCGCCCCAUUCUCCCGCUAUCCAUCACCCCGACCCAUUCUCCCUCCUUCUCUCACCCCGCCCCAUUCUCCUUCCUUCCAUCACCCCGCCCCAUUCUCCCGCUUUCCAUCACCCCGCCCCAUUCUCCCGCUUUCCAUCACCGCGCCCCAUUCUCUCGCUUUCCAUCAUCCCGCCCCAUUCUCCCGCCUUCCAUCACCACGCCUCAUUCUCCGGCCUUCCACCACCCCGCCCCAUUCUCCCGCUUUCCAUCACCCCGCCCCAUUCUCCCGCUUUCCAUCACCCUGCCCCAUUCUCCCGCUUUCCAUCACCCCGACCCAUUCUCCCUCCUUCCAUCACCCCGCCCCAUUCUCCUUCCUUCCAUCACCCCGCCCCAUUCUCCCUACUUCCAUCACCCCGCCCCAUUCCCCCGCUUUCCAUCACCCCGCCCCAUUCUCCCGCUUUCCAUCACCCCGCCCCAUUCUCCCGCUUUCCAUCACCCCGACCCAUUCUCCCUCCUUCUCUCACCCCGCCCCAUUCUCCUUCCUUCCAUCACCCCGCCCCAUUCUCCCGCUUUCCAUCACCCCGCCCCAUUCUCCCGCUUUCCAUCACCCCGCCCCAUUCUCCCGCUUUCCAUCAUCCCGCCCCAUUCUCCCGCCUUCCAUCACCACGCCCCAUUCUCUCGCCUUCCACCACCCCGCCCCAUUCUCCCGCUUUCCAUCACCCGUCCCAUUCUCCCUCCUUCCAUCACCCCGCCCCAUUCUCCUUGCUUCCAUCACCCAGCCCCAUUCUCCCUCCUUCCAUCACCCCGCCCCAUUCUCCCUCCUUCCAUCACCCCACCCAAAUCUCCCGCUUUCCAUCACCCCGCCCCAUUCUCCCGCUUUUCAUCACCCCGCCCCAUUCUCCCGCUUUCCAUCACCCCGCCCCAUUCUCCCGCUUUCCAUCACCCCGACCCAUUCUCCCUCCUUCUCUCACCCCGCCCCAUUCUCCUUCCUUCCAUCACCCCGCCCCAUUCUCCCUCCUUCCAUCACCCCGCCCCAUUCUCCCUCCCCGCCCCAUUCUCCUUGCUUCCAUCACCCCGCCCCAUUCUCCCUCCUUCCAUCACCCCACCCAAAUCUCCCGCUUUCCAUUACCCCGCCCCAUUCUCCCGCUUUCCAUCACCCCGCCCCAUUCUCCCACUUUCCAUCACCCUGCUCCAUUCUCCCGCUUUCCAUCACCCCGCCCCAUUCUCUCUCCUUACAUCACCCCGCCCCAUUCUCCCGCUUUCCAUGACCCCGCCCCAUUCUCUCGCUUUCCAUCACCCCGCCCCAUUCUCCCGCUUUCCAUCACCCCGCUCCAUUCUACUGCUUUCCAUCACCCCGCCCCAUUCUCCCGCUUUCCAUAAACCAGCCCCAUUCUUUCGCUUUCCAUCACCCCGCCCCAUUCUACCGCUUUCCAUCACCCCGCCCCAUUCUCCCGCUUUCCAUCACCCCGCCCCAUUCUCCCGCUUUCCAUCACCCCGCUCCAUUCUACUGCUUUCCAUCACCCCGCCCCAUUCUCCCGCUUUCCAUAAACCAGCCCCAUUCUCCCGCUUUCCAUCACCCCGCCCCAUUCUACCGCUUUCCAUCACCCCGCCCCAUUCUCUCGCUUUCCAUCACCCCGCCCCAUUCUCCCGCUUUUCAUCACCCCGCCCCAUUCUCCCGACUUCCAUCACCCCGCCCCAUUCUCCCGCUGUCCAUCAUCCCGCCCCAUUCUCUCGCCUUCCAUCACCAUGCCCCAUUCUCUUGCCUUCCACCACCCCGCCCCAUUCUCCCGCUUUCCAUCACCCCGCCCCAUUCUCCCGCUUUCCAUCACCCCGCCCCAUUCUCCCGCUUUCCAUCACCCCGCCCCAUUCUCCCGCUUUCCAUCACCCCGCCCCAUUCUCCCGCUUUCCAUCACCCCGCCCCAUUCUCCCGCUUUCCAUCACCCGGCCCCGUUCUCCCGCUUUCCAUCACCCUGCCCCAUUCUCUCGCUUUCCAUCACCCCGCCCUAUUCUCCCUCCUUCCAUCACCCCGCCCCAUUCGCCCUCCUUCCAUCACUCCGCCACAUUCUCCCGCUUUCCAUUACCCCGCCCCAUUUUCCCGCUUUCCAUCACCCCGCCCCGAUCUCCCGCUUUCCAUCACCCCGCCCCAUUCUCCCGCUUUCCAUCACCCCGCCACAUUCUCGCGCUUUCCAUCACCUACUUGAACUUGAGCCACCCAAAUAUGCAGUAA